AUGCCAUCCUACACCAAAUUCCUUAAGGAAAUUUUAUCAAAGAAAAGAAAGCUGGAAGACUAUGAGACUGUUGCUCUCACAGAAGAAUGCAGUGCCAUACUGCAAAACAAACUGCCACCAAAGCUGAAGGAUCCAGGAAGCUUCUCCAUACCUUGUCUCAUCAGCAAUAUGAAAAUAGACAAGACCCUCUGUGAUCUUGGGGCAAGUGUAAGUCUAAUGCCUCUAUCAAUAUGUCAAAAGCUGGAAGUCGGAGAACUGAAACCCACAACAAUAUUACUGCAAUUGGCUGAUCAAUCUGUUAAAUAUCCUGAGGGCAUCCUAGAGAACAUCCCUAUUAAGGUGGGCAAGUUCUUUAUUCCAGUUGACUUUAUUGUCUUGGAGAUGGAAGAGGAUGUCCAAAUCCCCAUCAUCUUAGGAAGACCUUUCUUGGCAAUCACCGGAGCUAUCAUAGAUGUUAAGAAUGGGCGGUUAACUCUCAAAGUGGGAGAUGAAGAGGUGGAAUUCAACCUAUUCAGCACGAUGAAGCACAAACUUAAACCCAAUGAAUGCUUUAAGGUUGAUAUAGUUGACAAGAUAAAAGAGGCCUUAAUCUCAGCACCUAUUAUGCAACCACCUAAUUGGGAGCUACCAUUUGAAAUCGUGUGCGAUGCAAGUGACUAUGCUAUUGGAGUAGUACUCAGACAAAGGAAGGAUAAGAAGCUCCAUGCCAUUUACUAUGCCAGCAGAACACUUGAUGAUGCGCAAAUCAACUACGCUACCAUAGAAAAGGAAUUCCUAGCAGUAGUGUUUGCAAUUGACAAAUUCAUAUCCUAUCUUCUUGGAUCAAAAGUCAUUGUAUACAUAGACCAUACUACUAUCAGGGAAGCUGAGAUCAUGAUGGUCUGGACCCUUUAA